AUGACCACAACCACAACCACAACUCUCACGGCAGACGCAACCGCUUUGCACGCCCGCCUUACCACCCUUCAGAAAACCCACCCGCUCUCAAUUCUAAAUCUCGCCGAACCCCUCCUCGAAGCCACCACCAAUACCUCACAGAUAAAUCCACAAACAAUCGCGCACGACUUCUCAACCAGUACAGCCUCCAACAAUAAUGCCGCAACAGCGCCAGAACCGAAUGCUGCAGCACUAACGCCCUCCUCCCUAACCCUCGACCUCCAGCACUACCGCGACCUCUUCUCCAAACUGCGCUUCAGCUACCUCGAGCAAGUCACCAAGGAGAAGUAUCUACGCUCGAUCGUCGGCGAUCCGCCACUGUUGGUCACGCCGAAGGACAAUGCUGCGCUUGAGGCGAAGCUUAAGGUGAUGAAGGAGGAGUUGCAGGCGAAGAAAGCGGAAACGGAUGCGUUAGUUGUUGCGCUCGAGGACGCAGCCAGGGCACUCGCGGUCAAGUACGAGUCCGGUCGUGCUGGAAUUGAGGUGGUGGGAACGCUACCUACUAAAGUCGAGCAACUGCAGAGGGAGGUCGAGGCACUACGAGAAGAAGUCGCGCAAAAGCAGAACGCACUCGCUGGUACCAGCGACUCUGCCACAUCAUCACCCUCCAACGCUGUAAAUCCGCGAUACCUACAAUCCACUGACGCGACCCGCGCCGCCCUCGCCGACCAAACCCAACGAAUCUCUCAGAUAGACAAGGAAAUCGCCGACCUCGAACGCCGCCUCCCCUCCAAGAUCCGCGAGUGCGAACGCGCUGAGCGCGAGCUCGAAGAUUUGGAUCGUCGGAAGGAGGAAGUCACGCGGCAGGCGAAGGAGGUUCAGCGGAUCAGGGAGGAGGGAGGACGAGAUUUCGUGGGCGAGCGAGGCCGCUGGCUUAGGGCGCAAGAAGGCGUGCUUAAGGGCGUUUUGGGCGUUGAGGCUUGA